AUGUCUCGUCGUCUUUCUAUCCUCAAGGGUGACGACCUUGUUCCCGCCGACAGCAUUCACCCCGAGACACCUAGUCUUACCGAGACUAACCCUCUUAUGCGUCAGGUAGUCACUCCCCCGUCUCUCAGCUCUUCCCAGUCUGAAGAUACCGACAUGGAUUCCUAUUACUCCAAUCUUCCCGUCGGUCUCAAGCCCUCCGUUAUUCCCCCUCGCGAUGAUGUCCUUCCAGGACAUGUCCGUCUUCUUGGCGGAUUCAUCUGUCCUGCUAAUCCUGCUGAAUCCAAGGAGGACGAUGACACCGAGGCUAGUUUUUAUCACUGCCCAGCUGAUAUUCUCGAGGCCAAGGACGCUGGUGAGUUCCCCAGUGAGAAGACUCAGGGUGAUGGCAAGCCUGAGGUCACUUCCCCAAAGGCUCCCCAGCCCCCCAUGCUCUACCUUCGUGGUAUUAGCACUCCUCCAGUUCCAGCUGGCCCGACAUCUUCACCCUUCCAAGGCUACAGCACUCUGUACCAGGGUAUCAACCCCCCUCUCCCUCAGUCUGUCGGCCAUGAGCAUCUUCAGCCUGUCGACCCCUUGAAUCGACUUCGUAUGACACCUCAUCAUGCGAUGAAUCCCCCCAGCCCUGACUUUGUUCAGCCCAUUACCCCUUACCACCCCAAGCCAAUCGUGCCUGGUCUUCCUGAGCCUAUCAGCCCUCAUCCAGCUCAGCCUAUCGUCUACUACCAUGCUGAGCCUAUUGACCCUCGUGCUCAGGCUGUCGGUGUUCACCCCUUCCAACCCAUGGUCGCUCACUAUGCUGACCCUAAUAACCCCGAAUCUUUUCAGCCUUCUACCCCCUACAACUCGCAGGCUGUUGCUGUUUAUCAUCCCCAGCGCAUCGGCUCCCUGGGCGAGAUGCUCAGCCCAUCUCCCAACGAGGCUCCCACCCCUACUCCCCCUCACCAUUGCUCCAUCACCACAUUCAACCCUGAGGCGAGUGAGUUUACUCCCAGCCCCACCGGACCUGGUAUGAUUACCUAUGAGGCAAGUGAGUUUACUCACAACCCUACCGAUCUUGGCAUGAUCCCCCACGAGGAAGUUGGCGUUGAGGGUUUCGGUGGUCUGAAAGCUAACUCUCAAGCUCCUAUAGUCGAUACUAUCCAGGAUACUUACAGCCAGAUCCUAGCCAUCGAGGAUGAGCGUGAUCGUGAAGACGCGAUCAACGACUUCUACUAUAAGCAGGCUCGUCCUUGGACUGAUGAGGACACUCGUCGCGAGAAGGAAGAGCAGGAGCUCGAGGAGCGCAAGCGACGUUUCGGCCGCAAGAAGUAA